ACAAAUCAAACAAAUGGAGUUUUUGAAGAUAAACAAUAAAGAAGUCAUGAUUGAGGUUCUCCACCACUCAAUUGAUUAUUUGAUCGGAAACCUUGAAGAUCAGCAAAGUAUACGCAUCUGCCAUAAAUUUGGAUUUCAGAAUCCAGACGACUUUUUGCAUGCCACUAGAACGAUAUCAAAAUACUUUGGAAACUCUUCUGAAAGUGCCAUUAGUCAUAUGGCUCGUUUUAGUUCUCCCGAGCUAACUGGACUUUUGGCGACGGUAAUAGCUGCACGUCAUCCAGAGCUAAUGGAUUACCUCAAGCGAUACGAAUGCUCUAAUGAUCAUCCCCUUAUUGAAUCAUUCUUCUGGGACUUACGUUUAAUUUUGGGCGACAAUUUUAGUAGAAAUACUCGCCAAGCAACGACAUUUGUUUUGUACUGUCGUCAAACAAAUACUAAACAUAACAAAUUGGUAUUUGAGAUGAAUAAGAAACAAAUUUGCAAAUUCAUCACCGUGUUAAAUCAAGCUCUUGGUACCAAAAAAGAUACUGAUAAAUAAAUUACUGACUAUGCUUCAAAAACUGA